AUGCAUCCCAAAUUCGCCAUAGCGGCACUUCUACCUGCCUUUUCCCAGCUCUGUUGUUCCCAAAGCUUGCCAAUUGUAGACCUGGGCUACGAGCUGCAUCAGGCCAUCAGCCUAGAUGCGGCGGGACAAUUUUAUAACUUCAGCAACAUCCGCUUCGCCAAAGCCCCUGUUGGUGACCUUCGCUGGGCCGCGCCAGAGCCGCCUACCUCGCGAAAUGCGACCGUCCAGAAUGGCAGUGUUGGUCGUGUCUGCCCACAAGCAAACCCAACCUGGCUCACAAUAGGAUUCGCCAACUUGGCCAACAUUGCAGCUGGUAACGCGUCAGACUUCAACAUCUCUCUUGCCGAACAAGAGCUUCAGGACAGUCCGCCUGGAACAGUUCUUUUUGACAGUUUUCGGAAUGGCCAACUGCCGCCACAAGAUCCACGGACUACUGAAGAUUGUCUCUUCUUGGACGUCGUGGUGCCGAAGUCCACUUUUGACAAGGCCAACAACGGCACGCAAAAGAAGGGACAGAGUGGAGCCCCUGUCAUGGCGUGGAUCUACGGCGGCGGCUAUACCAUUGGCGAGAAGGCUUCGGGUAAUGACGUCCACGGUCUGAUGAAAACAGCGAGUCAGCAGGAAGGUCUGGUCUUUGUGGCCAUGAACUAUCGGCUGGGGGCCUUUGGAUUUCUGUCCGGCCCUACACUGCAGGCUGCUGGGGGAGUGUCGAACGCCGGGCUCCUAGACCAACGACUCGCGCUGGAAUGGAUCCAGAAGUACGUUCAUCUCUUUGGAGGCGACCCGGACCGUGUGACCAUUGUUGGAGAAUCUGCUGGAGGCGGCUCGAUUGAGUUCCAACUCACCGCGUAUGGCGGUCUCAAACCCGCACCUUUCCAAAGAGCCAUGCCGCAGUCUCCUGGCUAUUAUCCAGUGGCGUCUACAUUUGUACAAGAGAACACCACGCAAACAUUCCUUAAGCUGAUCAACGCCAGCUCCAUCGCCGAAGCUCGAAAAGUCCCCUCUGAUGUGCUGAUCAAAGCCAACGCUAUGCAGGUUGCCGCGUCGAACUGGGGGACGUUCACCUACGGGCCCGUAGUGGACGGCAGCUUUGUACCUGCCAAACCGGGUCUUCUGUUGAACGAGGGAUCUUUCGCGCCGAACAUCAGUAUUUUCAAUUCUCACUGCGCGAAUGAAGGCGCCCUCUUUACUCCCCCGUACCUCAAGACCGAGCAAGACGUCGUGGACUGGUUUCAGACUGCCUACCCAAGAGCCGACGAAAGUGUACAGCACUAUGUCCUGAGCACUCUGUACCCACCGGUAUAUAAUGGCACACAGCCAUAUACAUCCCUCUUGGAGCGCGUAUAUCUCAUUAUUAGUGAAUCCGCCUUCACAUGCAACAUCGACUUCACCAGCAGGGCAUACAGCCAGAGCUACACGUAUGCAUUCGACAUCGGCCCGUCGUUCCACGGCUGUGACGCCGCCUACAACUUUUAUGUCGGACAGCCAACGAAUGCUUCUACGGGCAUCAUUGCGCCCUACGCCCAGCAGCUGCAGGAUUACCAGGUCAAUUUCAUGACGGGCGGUGAUCCGAACGGACGAGGUCUUCCGAUAUGGCCUCUGGAAGGCAAGAAUGGGAGCUCGCAGAUGCUGACCACUCAGGGGUGGAGUACGAUUCCGGAUACAACUGACAAUGCAAGAUGUGCAUGGUGGCAGAAGGGGUUGACAGACUGA